CCUCUGCAACAUUUCUGCUAGCUGAAGUUCUCUUUACACUCCCGUGUCCUGUGGGUCGGUUGAAGGGCUUCGGAGCAGGAAAAGUGUAACUCGACUCUCCACAAUGGCAGCAAUUCUCCUCCGGUCACUUCUUAACAAGAAGGUCCCCCUCCAGCUGAGUCGUUGUUACUCCUCCUCCUCAGUGCCCACCACCAAGCUGUUCAUUGAUGGCAAGUUCGUUGAGUCCAACACGUCUGAAUGGCUCGACGUUCACAACCCCGCCACUAAUGAGGUGGUGGGACGUGUUCCCAAAGCUACCCAGGAAGAGAUGCUGGCGGCCGUGGACUCUUGCUCCAGAGCCUUCCACUCCUGGUCCGAGACCUCCAUCCUGAGCAGGCAGCAGAUCUUCCUGCGCUACCAGCAGCUCAUCAAGGAUAACAUUAAAGAACUGGCUAAAAUAAUCACCUUGGAGCAGGGCAAAACUCUCGCUGAUGCAGAGGGCGAUGUAUUUAGAGGACUCCAGGUGGUUGAGCAUGCUUGCAGCAUUACAUCUCUCAUGCUGGGGGAGACCUUACCUUCCAUCACCAAGGACAUGGACACUUACACCUACCGUCUGCCCAUCGGAGUGUGUGCUGGUAUUGCCCCUUUUAACUUCCCUGCCAUGAUUCCUUUGUGGAUGUUCCCCAUCGGUAUGGUAUGUGGCAACACCUACCUGAUGAAGCCCUCUGAACGCGUCCCAGGAUGCACCAUGCUCCUGGCCAAAAUGCUCCAGGAUGCUGGGGCACCAGAUGGUACACUCAACAUCAUCCACGGCCAGCACGCAGCGGUGAACUUCAUCUGUGACCAUCCGGCCAUCAAAGCCAUCAGCUUUGUGGGCUCCAACCCCGCUGGAGAACACAUCUACGAGCGGGGGUCCAAGAACGGAAAGAGAGUACAGUCCAACAUGGGUGCCAAGAACCAUGGUGUGGUGAUGCCUGAUGCCAACAAAGAGAACACCAUCAACCAGCUGGUUGGUGCUGCGUUUGGAGCAGCUGGCCAGCGCUGUAUGGCUCUCUCCACUGCUAUUUUUGUAGGGGAUUCUCGUGAAUGGCUCCCAGAGCUAGUGGAGCGCUCCAAAUCACUGCGUGUAAAUGCAGGCGAUCAGCCUGGGGCAGAUGUGGGGCCCCUGAUCUCUCCCGAUGCCAGGGCCAGGGUGGAGUCUUUGAUCCAGAGUGGGGUGGAUGAAGGUGCCAAGCUGCUGCUGGAUGGAAGAAAUGUCAACGUCAAAGGAUAUGAAAAUGGAAACUUUGUAGGACCCACCAUCUUGGCCAAUGUUACGCCGGACAUGAAGUGUUACAAAGAGGAGAUCUUUGGACCGGUGCUUGUCGUCCUGGAGGCUGGCGAUCUUGAUGAAGCGAUUUCUUUGAUCAACAAUAACCCCUAUGGCAACGGCACCGCCAUCUUCACCACCAAUGGAGCCACAGCACGCAAAUACACACAUGAGGUGGACGUUGGCCAGAUUGGCGUGAACGUGCCCAUCCCCGUCCCCCUCCCCAUGUUCUCCUUCACUGGCUCCAGAGGCUCGUUCAGAGGAGACACCAACUUCUAUGGCAAGCAGGGCAUCCAGUUCUACACUCAGAUCAAGACUGUGACGUCGCAGUGGAAGGCUGAGGACGCUACUUUGACGAGCCCAGCUGUUACCAUGCCAACCAUGGGACGCUAAGUUGACAGCACAUCCAGCAGAACCGUCACUGACUUGUCGUAUGCCUUAAAAAGAAGCACGCGGAGGGAAUUUGGAAAAAAAAACAAACAAAAAAACGUUACAUGUUGUUUUCACUGUUGAGAAAUAGUCACACGGGGGGGUGAUUAGCUGGUGAACUCUGAACAUCCUAAACAAUGUUGUUGCACAAACACACAAAUGCAAAUUAGACCUCAUUUGGAUAUGGGGGAAAUGAAGUGGACUGAUGCAAUGAAUGGUGCUGUGAGCCUCUUCAUUGGUUUCUUGUAUUUUGUAUCCUUUUUCUCCUGUUCUGAGCGGGUGGACGAUUAUUUAAUCAUGGUCAUUUUUGUGAUCGGCUGUGCACCCUGGUAUCACAUUUCUUAAAACCUACAGUAAAAAAACAAAAGGAUCAGGGAUUCUGCAUUUUAAAGAAUCAGCUGUCUUCCUCCAGUAUCCUCUGUGGUUCUUUAGCCUGUUACAAGGACACGCCCAUUCACUACACAACUCCAUUAAAACUGAAACAAUGGUUGCUGAGUUCUCUAAAUGUAUAUCCUACCGUAUGCUGUCCAGUGUUAGGAUUAAUGUGUCUUUUGUGUGUCUGAUAGAGGUUCACAGUUUUGUACUGUAUUGUCAGAGUGAUACUUUUUGUGGUCAUGAGUGAUAUAGAGGUUAAAUUGCAGUGUUUUACUUUACACAGACCUGACAUCUGAUAUUCUUUAUAAACCAUUGUGAUGAAAUCCCUGUGAUGAAACUGUUAGUAGUGCUGCAGUUACAGCACAGUAUGUGCUUGACACCUUUCCAUCCAAAGUAUUUGAGCUACUUCACACUUUGUCCCCUUGACUAUUUUAGGUCUUGUGGCUGAAGAUUAAGAGAUGAUAAUAAUGGUAUUUGAGUCUGUAGUUCACUGUUUGAAUAAAGAUUUGACUCAAAUGAAUUCUAA